AUGUUGUUGGUGCUCAACCCAUUCGCCACACCAACAAUCUAUGUACAAGUCCACAACAGACCCUCUCAAGACUUGGCCACCACUCAUUUCAACGGUAACCUCAAUCGCAAUUCCUGCGCCAGCAGUUACGCUGUUCCUUUCACCAAGAACGCCAAGCCCCGCUCGGGCAUGCUUCUGCGCUCGGACGACAACACCAAGGCGUCGACGUGGUGGCUUGACGUGCUGUCGCCAACAGACCAGGAGAUGAAGCUGCUCAGCAAGGUCUUAGGCAUCCAUCCGCUGACCACCGAGGACAUCCUCAUGGAGGAGAUCCGCGAAAAGAUUGAGCUCUUCCGCAACUACUAUCUCGUCUGUUUCCACUUGUUCGACCAGGACCCCUACUCGCCAACGUAUCCCAAGCCGCUCAACAUCUACAUCAUUGUCUUCCGCGAAGGCACGCUCUUGUACAGCUACCACCAUUUCCCGCCUGUUUGGAAGAAAGCCCGCCCUCUCCAACUCCUACAUUCGGCGCUGGUGUCGCGACUGUUCUGGAUCCGACAUGUUCAAAGUAUUCCUGCCCCUCAUCCUUGUGCCCAAAAUGGUCCUGGAACCCCAGAGCUGGAAACUAUUCAACAAACUCAAAGUCCAGAUGCCGACUCCCGAGUCCUCCCCAACCUAUUCGUCAAAAUCUUGUCGAGCAAUUCUGUGCUAGAAGUGCCCGCAGGGUCGGAGAUUGAGCUUGAGAAGCUCGCCACACCUUUGCCCAUGUUUUUCCGAUUCUUGGUCGCCUGGUGGCGCAGCAUGAGUUUGAGCGUCUCUCUCAUCUUGGCAGCGCCUGACGCCGCUGAUAGUGCCAUCAAAUAG